AUGCGUUUGUCAAGGGUACUGCUGCAAGGUGGUGCGGCGGUUUCGUCGAUUGGCGAGCUCUCUAUUCAUGCAUGCGUCGGUGUUAUUCAGAACCCUAGUCGUGGGGUGCUCCAGGGGGAACCGGAGUGGUCAUGCAAGUUGCUCUUGACGGAGUGCGGCAUCCCGGCGCGGUGGCCUCCAGCACUGCACGCGGUUGCUUCGCAGCAGGUGUUUCAUCUGCGGUGCCGAGGAGUGGCUAUGGCAGGAUACUGCUUCGCAAAUCUGAGAGAGGGGGAGCUUGUCCACGUAGUAUCUAAGCUCGUCCACAGACCUAGGUAUGUGCCUGUUCACGGAACCUACUUCACCACCACUGAGUUGCUAGUAACGGACUCACUAGGCUCGAUUGUAUCGGUCGCUCAACUGGUUUAA